AUGAAUUUUGUGUUGAGGCAUCAUGUGGGACAAGAUGUUUCAGCAUGUGUGCGCAAUAUCUGGCCUCAGUAUGCAGACAUAGACUUGAUUCUUAUUCUGAUCAAGAUGGAGAAUGCCAUAGAAGGAGGAGCAGUUCAUCAACCAAAGAUUAUUUAUGGUGAUAAGAAUCCUCCAAUGAUUGUUGACAACUGUAAAGAUUCUGAAGACCAAGUAGAUUAUGAUACUGAAGAAAAUCUCAAGCUUGGGAAUGUCGAUGGUCCGGAUGGAGGUCCUCCCAACAUUGAACAUGAUAUUGUGUUUGGUGAAGCUAAAAUUGGGGUUCCUCUUAGUGUGUUGAAUUUCAGCUAUAAGAUGUAUGCCAGGAAACAUGUACUAGACAUUGCUCUCCAUAGUAUUCCAUAUUUUGAAAAUUUUGAUCUAGCUGUUGGUGGAAAUGUGAUUAAUGUUCCACUCAUGUAUGGACCUAUAACAAACCAUUAUCUCAUUCAAAAGAAUUUUGUUGAUGAGACCCAGGAAAGUCAAGAUGUUAAUAAAGACGUGUCAAACAUCAUGCCCGACAUGUUGGAGAUAGAGUCUCAAAUUCAUAAGGAGAAUGAUGAUGUGAUCCUUGAGAAUAAUUCUGUGAGUGAUGAUGAUCAUGUCCAUGAAGAUGUUAAGAUGUUACUAUUGUAG